AUGAAGAUUGCCUGCAUCACAAUACUUCUUGCUACCGAAGCCUCAGCAUUCUUGGGCAUUGGCGAACCAAUGCAACGUGCGCCGUUGCUGGAUGAGAUUAUGAAGUCGAAAUCCAUUGAGAAACUCUCCAUCAAUCUUGAUGUUGGAGGAAGCAAAGAGGAAUCUCACAUUGUCAUCCGCGACACUAUCUUCGACUUUCACCUGGGAGCACCGCUGGAACAUCAUGUCUCCUUGCCCGGAAUCAAUGGGCCACACCCCAGUGUUUCAAGUGGUGCUCAAAAUCUGGAAGUCAUCAAUGGUGGCCACUUUGUGUCCAUGGCAGGUACUCAAGAUGUCAAGUUGGCCAACAGCUGCUGGGAGAUCAACUGGAAGAAAGAUACCCCAGCUGGAGCGCUAAUUUGCGGCUUUGAGGUCAUGGAAGACUACGAACGCAACGAGGCUACACUCACCAAGGGCAGAACUUAUCUGACCUUCCCCAUCUGGAACCAAGAAGGCCUCGACUAUGCUCGUGAACAGAAAGCGGAUGUGAUGGAGAGAGCUGAGGCAGCCUUGAAAGAAAAGGACGACGAGAUGCACAAGAUUUCAGAGACAAAUAAUCCUCUCAUGAAAGCCCUUCACUACCGUAAUGCUUACGCAGCAGUUGAGCGAUAUUCGCUUAUGCCAGUCAAGAGAAUGGAAAUGGUUCCUGGUGACGAUGAGGUGCUGAAGCUUCGUAAUGACCUCUUUCUGACAACAAAAGGCUUGAUCUGGACCAAGGUUCUACCAGCUGGAAGGCAAGUCCUGCUUGGUACUGCCACCAUCUCAGGUACUGUGAGCGACGAGUAA